AUGAAGAUCCAAAUGCAAACUUCCACGCUUUCCUUCCUUCUCCUAGCGGCAUCCUCGCAGGCCUUUGCUCCAUCAAGCGGAACAUUCAGAUCGCAAAGAAUCGACGUGGACCGGCCGUCUUUUGUCGCGCCAACAUCCUCUUCAGUCCUAUUUGCCAGUUCCAAUUCCACCCUUCCGGAUCCAUCCGAUGCUCAGGUUCUGCGCGCCAAGGCACAACAACUCAGAGACGAAGCAUCCGAGUUGGCCACCGAGCAAGCACAAAAAGUAUCAGAUGCCGCCAUGAAGGUGUUUGCCAAGUUUGACACCAAUAAGGAUGGUACCAUCUCUGCCGAAGAGCUCAAGAUGGGACUCGAAAAGACUACCAAAACUUCAAUUUCGAAAGACACUGCCGAAAAGCUUUUGCAACAGCUUGAUACCAACGGUGAUGGUGUCUUGCAGAAGGAAGAGUUCCAACCUGUCGACAGACUGAAGAAUCAACUCGAUUUCAUUCUGCGAGGAGAAAAGGCACUCGUUUUGAACCAAGGCAAGCUUGCCAAGCAAAUCGACUUCGAGAAGAAUCUUCGAGCGAAGAUCAUCUCUCUAAUCAACGACGGUGAGCCGACCGGCAAGGACAAGGUUGUAUCCGUGCUGCCGUACAUCUUCCCGCUGCUCGACUCACUGGCAUACGCGGCACCCUGGAUCGUUAGUCAUCAAGACAAUCCGAUUGCUCACGCCGCUGCAGUUGCCUUCACCUUUUACCGAAGCAUUCCAUUGUCUGGUUUUUUGGCGUUUUUCGCACUGUCCUACCUUUCGACCGAUUUAUCCUUGAACCGCCUGGUGCGCUUCAACCUUCAACAAGCUAUCAUCUUGGAUGUUGCCCUGUUCGUUCCUGGGUUGAUGAUUGGGCUAGUGGGCUUGGUGGGAUCAGGUCUCGGUGCGCCCGUACCUGGAGUUGCGUCCGAAUACUUGAGUGAUGCAGUGGCACUGGGCACACUGGCAACAAUUGCCUAUGCGUCUGCCGCCUCCUUGACCGGUAACACUCCUGAUCAAGUCCCAUUGCUCUCCAAUUACGUCAAGAAUCGAAUGAUCACCAAAGACAUGUUUGACAAAAAGGGCAGGUUUGUUGGACCAGGAGUGGAAGACAAGGAUGUGAACAACAAGAACUAA